GUAGCACUACGUAUGUAUGUGGACGGAAUGUAUUACAACAGUCAGCUGUCAUCUCGUUACCGUAAUGAAAACAAACAUCGCAAAACAAACAACAAAGAUUUGAUGGAUGAUAGUAGCGCAUUCUCAUCUGUGUUUACUGCAUUGUUCAAAUUUCCCUCUUGCCAGUGGAGACAGCUAGUCGCGUACCUGUCUAGUGAGCGCAAUCGUUACCGAGGCGCGUCGGUCUGCAUCGGCGGGCAUGCGCACACCGAGCACAAAUGUUCGACCAAGUUUAGUUAGACGCGAGAAGGAACGGCACUGCACGCUGACUGCGAAUGGUCGCCGAGUCGCCGCCGAGCCGCGCCGCCCGCACCCGCAGUCCUCCCGCCGCGCCGGCUCUGCGCGCUCCACGCUAACCGCAUCAUGGUAAUGGACAACCGUGUGAGCGAAGAUAACGAAACCGAACACAACUCUUCAAUAUUUAUUACAAAUUUUCAAAAUGGAGACGUUGUAAAUUAUUCGCUUGUUUUGAUCAAAGGUAUCAUAACAAGAGGGAAUUCGAACAACAAUGAACAUGUGAUAUGCACUUUAAAAGGGGAGAACUAUCAAAACAAAUCGCAAUGGAACGUUUACAAUGGAGAAUUCAAAUUGAUAAUUGAGCUAAGAAGAGGAGAAAAUAUAAUUGAAUUGGAACAUGCAGAACAACAAAGAAAAACAUUGCAGCUUGAAUAUACGCCGAGGAAAACAAAUCUCCGUGUAACUCCAGUUUACAUCGUCUGUCAAGGCCAUGAUGGAUGUUUUCAAAGUCCACCGGACAUCGAUAACUCGAUAGAAAGUGCCUGUGCCAGAACUGCUCUAGCUGCGAAGUUAAUUCAAAGUCUAACAGCUGAAAAACUAUUUGAAAGUGGUGUGGGACGAAAAACUUUUCAACUGGAACAUGAAGUGAACCCUAAAAAACCAGAAUGUAUAGUGUUCAGAAGUAACCUUAAUGUCAAUAAGGCUAGAAAAAUGAAACAGACGGAGUUAUGGUCACAUUUUGGAAGAGAACUGAUGCUGUCUGAUUUAGGCAGUAACGAAAGAAAGUUCCUUGGUUUCAUCUCGUGCACUCGGUAUAAAGGAACCGACAUUGAUAAGCCCAUGUCCCAUGAAGAAAUUGUUUCACUAACUGAAGCAUACGCCGCAUUAGGAGGCGGUGGACUGGCGUUGUUUGGGACGGCCUGUAUGUAUACUUGGCCAAUGUGCGUUGAAGAAAUUGUGCCCAAAUUUCUAGAUUCCACGCCAGUUAACACUAAACGGUUUAUGGAUGAUAGUGGAUAUCGUGGAACACUAGGAGGAUGUUUUGCUACAACUUUAGGAUCAGUGUUUCAUGAACUUGGCCAUACUUUUGAUCUCGGACACACCAAAGACGGCAUUAUGGGAAGAGGUUUUGAUAAUUUGGACAGAGUAUUUGUUACAGGCGAAAAAAGAUCUUCUCUGGUGAAAGAUACGCAAAAUAACUUCAGUGGAAAACCAGUGCAACAUUCCACCGUUUCUCUCCAACGGAAUAUAAGUGUAACCAUGAACGUAGCGGAACCACUGCGGGUUUUAGGACCAAGAAGUAAAACAACAUUAGGAAAUUUCGCCGCGAUGUCUAAAUCUGAUAUUAUAAGGAGAAGUCCAAAUGUAACUCCUAUAACCAGACCCUCUAGUGUUUAUUCAAAUAUAACCAACAGGCUUUCUGACUCAAAGAAAAAUGUUAAUCGAACAAACGGAAAUGAUUCUAUUUACUGGACCAGAAAUUGUGCUGUGUUAUUAUCUUACCAUCGGUGGUUUAAUAAUGAAUAUGGAAGAGAAAGACAGGCGAUUACGCGGUAUUUGAAGUUCGAUAAAAAUAAAAUGAUGAUAAUUUCUACUGCUGGCAUUAGAAUAGUAGAAGUCAGAGAUGAAUCUAAUGGAAUGGUUUUAGACUCAUAUGAGUUUACAAAUCUUGUGCCGGAAAAAAGAUUUUUGGUUCCAUUCACUUUUUCACCUAAAACCAAAGUUUUGACAAUAGUAGUAGAAGAUGAUUUAGGAAAUGUUUUGAAACAGACAUUUUCAUAUUAAAUUGGCGUAACAGUAUUAGGAAAGUUGACAAUAAAGUGAAGAAUAUGUUUGAAACGAUUAGCAUGAAGUAUUAUAGAGAAGGAAAUAUAAAAUUCUUUAGUCUAGAAAUAAAUCUAUAAGCAAUUUAAAAUGUAAAAGAAGUGACGAAAACAAUGAGAAGUAAUUUGUAGUGAGUGAA